AUGGUCAAAAUCAAGAGCAUUGAAUACUUUCGGGUACUGCCCCGAUGGCUUUUUGUCAAAGUGACAGACGAGGAAGGGAAAUAUGGAUGGGGUGAAAGCACGCUUGAAGGUCAUACUGAGGCUGUGGAGGGUACUCUGAAUGCUCUGUGCCAGAGAUUUGAAGGUUAUGAAGCUGAUGACAUUGAACACAUCUGGCAAAUGGCAUGGCGCCUCGGCUUCUACAGAGGCGGACCUGUAUUCAUGUCCGCCAUCUCCGGAAUCGACAUUGCUCUUUGGGAUCUCAAGGGCCGCCGCCUAGGCGUCCCUGUCUAUCAACUUCUGGGAGGCAAGGUACGGAACAAGCUAUCUGUCUACGCUUGGAUUGGCGGUGAUCGACCGGCAGAUGUCGGGGCAGCGGCCAAGGCCCGUCAGGCACAAGGGUUCAAAGCCGUGAAGAUGAACGCAACGGAGGAUGUCAACUGGCUCGAUUCCCCCGCCGUGCUGGAUUCCAGCGUCGAACGUCUGAAGACCGUGAAAGCUCUGGGCAUGGAUGCGGCACUAGAUUUCCACGGUCGUCUCCAUAAACCCAUGGCUAAGCAGCUCGCCAAAGCACUCGAGCCACAUCGGCCUUUGUUCCUGGAGGAGCCGCUUCUUUCGGAGCAUCCGGAGGCCAUCAAACAGCUUUCCGAGUAUGUUUCAUGUCCCAUUGCGCUCGGCGAGAGACUUUACAGCCGCUGGGAUGUGAAACGAUUCUUAGAGGAUGGCAGCGUGGAUGUCCUCCAGCCUGACAUCAGUCAUUGUGGUGGAAUCUCUGAGCUCCGACGCAUUGCCAACAUGGCUGAGACAUAUGAUGUGGCCAUUGCGCCUCAUUGCCCACUGGGGCCGAUUGCACUCGCAGCCUGUAUGCAGGUUGAUCUCUCCAUUCCUAACUUUGUCAUUCAAGAGAUGAGCAUUGGAAUGCACUACAACCUCGAGGCGGGAGAGUACGAUAUUACCAGUUAUGUCAAAGAUCCCAAGGUUUUUGAUGUCCAGGAUGGGUACGUGGAGGCGCUCAAAGCACCUGGGCUGGGAAUUGAGAUUGAUGAAGAUGUCGUGCGCCGCGUUGCUCAGAACACCCCGGCUUGGCAGCCUAAGGAGUUCUUUGGCCCCGAUGGGUCGAUCCGGGAGUGGUAA